AUGUCCGGGAUUCUAACUAAAGUCUCUGUCCCUCAAGAUCUACCUGGAGAGUUGCCUCCACCAUAUAGCGGACACGGUUCUUCCUCGAGCUCUGCCUCACGGAUUGGAGACCACUGUGCCAAUGAUCCUCCACUUGAUCCAUCCGUGAAAUCCUCGGGAGAAAUCGUGAAGCUUGCUGAGACAGAUAUUUAUAUCUCAAAGCCUUCUGAUCUCGAAAGUCAAGGAACAUGCCUUCUUCUACUCCUUACCAACGGUGUAGGAGUAAACUCAGUUGCCAAUCAACUUCAAGCAGACCAUUUUGCGAGAGAAGGAUACUUCGUAGCCAUGCCAGAUUUAUUUGAAGGUGAUCCCGCACCAAACGCCACCACCGUAACCUCACACGUCGAGUCUCAAGAACUCCUUGAACAAAUCAAAUUCAAAGCUGCAGAAGGGAUAAAGGGCUUUAUGAUUGAUAUGUGGCUUGCUCGGCAUACCCCAGAGAAGACAAUGCCAAUCAUCGAGAAAGUCCUAGCUGCUGUCAAAGAGGAAUAUGGAGACAAAAACUAUACUGUUUCAUUAGGGACAUAUGCCGUAGGAUACUGUUUUGGUGGCAAAUACGCUUUGAGAUUGGCGGCAACAGACUUGAUCAUUGCGGGGGCUGUUGCGCAUGGAACUUUGGUGAGUAAAGAAGAUAUCAUAAGCAUCAGGAAGCCGAUCUCAUUUGCAUGCGUUGAAAAUGACAAUUUCUUUCCGGAUGAUCUCCGCGAGGAAGGGCUAAGAUACCUCCAAGAAAACAACAUCGAACAUGAAAUGCGUGUAUAUGAGGGUGUUCCACAUGGGUUUGGAGUUUACGGAAGCUACUCCGAGGAACAUAUUAAAGCUGCACAGAAACAAGUGUUUCAACAGUUUCUUGAUUUCAUGAGCAAACAUUAA